CUGGUGCACUGAGGGAGAGGAAAUGCGCUGGCCAGAGUGGCGCUCUUUGCCUCAGCUCCGUCACUGACCCGCAUCUGGAGGAACCAUGGUGAGCAGGGAGAUUGGUAAAUGCAUGCUCACCAACUCAGAAUCGGACUCUGAGGCAGCGCCAUCUAUGGCACUGGAGGUAAAAGAGUCGUCAAAUGGGAGCCGGCAGGUCCGUAAGCGCAAUAAAGCCUUGCAGGUGCGCUUUAAGGACAUCUGCGAAGCUCAAAGCGAGCAGGCUGCUGCAGCAAGAGAAACGAAACCUGCUACAUACAAAGUCGCUUAUAGGAAGUACAUGACGGUUCCAGCACGGAGAUCUAUUCCCAAUGUGACCAAAAGCACCGGAGUGCAGACCUCUCCAGACCUGAAGAAGCGCUACCAAACUUUUCCCUUGGAGAGAAAGAAGGGUCAAAGCAUAAAACAUGCAGCCACAGUGGAAAGUUCUAAGGACCAGGAUAAUGGAUAUGUUAUUGAUGUUAAAAGAGCCAAGGCAGGAGAGGGCAGUAGGGAAGAAGUUUCAUCCCCCAAUGUGCAAAAGACCAAAGCACUGAUGCAUACGAACGAAUGCAUAGCUACUAUAGAGCAUCAUCCUCACGCCACAAAAUGUGCAGAAAGGACAAUACUUCCCUGUCCAUCAAAGGACCAAUCGGAAUACCAGGUCUGCUCUGUAAAAAGCAAACACAGAAAAAGCUUCCACAGGGACUCAGAAUCUUUAGACCGCUCAGAAAAGUGGCAGCUGUUGAAUUCUGAGGACAGAGAUGGCAGUACGCUGCCAAACUCCAAUUCCAAGGUGACAGGUCCUAUUGCCUGGAACUCGCUAACACAGGUAGAGUGUCUAGAGAGUCCGUCUGCGCGAAGCAAGCGUAAAAAGACUCUGCAGAUCAAUGGCCUGCAGUCACAGACUCUGCCAAGGACUGGAUGCACCACACAAGUGCAAUGCCAUGCCGGAAUGCUCUCUGCCAAGCCUAUACGAGCCAUGGAGGAGGUAACAACAACACAUGUUCCAACAGCACCCGUGGCCAUGUCAGCACCCACGUGUGAGGGUGGGACAGUACCAGGUACAGGGGGUGUGCAGGUGGAUAGCAAGGCCUGCAAGCAAAUAGUUCCCGUCAACCCGGAUAAGGAGGUUAAAGCACAGCUGCAGGCUAUGGAGAGUAUGAUAAGCUCUAGCCAGGAAACUAUCAAAGUCCUGCUGGGAGUUAUUCAAGAACUGGAGAAAGGAGAGGCUCUUAGAGAGGGCCUCUCCUAUCGGACCGGACAGGACACAGCCAACUGCGACACAUGCCGGAACAGCGCAUGCAUUAUUUACAGUGUGGAGCUGGACUUUAAGCAGCAGGAGGAUAAGCUUCAGCCCCUUAUGAAGAGGUUGUGCUCGAUGGACGACUCGUCCUUUCCUUCACUGCCUUACCCUCAGGAGCCCUACACCUCCACCCCUAAACGCAAGGCCAAAGCCGAGGCCAAGAAACACACGCGCUGGAAACUGUGGUUCCUCUGA